AUGAAAACAGGACGAUCAAAGCUUAUGUUAAAACUUGUGGAAGAAACAAGCAAAAAUUCGAAAAGUACGGGUUUUACUCAUGAUGAGCGCAUGGAUGAGGAGGACUGCAUACCAGGGACUCCAGAAUGCCGUUCGCUAUUACCUCCAGGAGCACGCAACGUAAUAGAAGAGAUGAACGACAUUUGUGAAGAUGUCUUUUUAGAUGACGUACACGGAACAAGCGAAAUCAUAAAAUCAACAAAUGAAAAUAUGGACCCGAACAUACCAUCAUCUACUUGUGUUCUUGAAGAAGAUCCUUUUAUGGCCGUGUAUGAAAAUGCAUCCUCAUCAUAUUUACUCGCGUCAGAAAAUCAGCAUGGUGUCGUGUCCCUCUUAAAUAUCACCUCAGAUCUAACCCCUUUAAAUACUUCUACCCUGAUAUCAGACCUGUCACCUUUUCCGCAACCGAUUACCCCGACUGUUGACAACAAUGGACAUGGACAAACACCUAAGCCAUCACCAGUAAAAACUCAUGGUGAGAAAGCUGACAUCGCUGUGGCAUCAAUGACGAUAAACUACGCUCGCGAAGCUGUCAUCGAUUUCACUAAGCCCUUUAUGAACCUAGGCAUUGGAAUUUUGUUUAAGGUACCAACGUCACAACCUACAAGGCUAUUCAGCUUUCUGAACCCACUGGCCAUCGAGAUUUGGCUUUACGUUCUAGCAGCGUACAUUCUCGUGUCGUUCACUCUGUUUGUAAUGGCGAGAUUUUCACCGUAUGAAUGGUCUUCAAGCACUCACGGGUGUGGGCACGAAACGAAACUCCUCACGAAUCAGUUUAACGUGUGCAAUUCGUUUUGGUUCAUUACUGGCACCUUUCUGAGGCAGGGGUCUGGACUCAAUCCAAUGGCGACCUCCACGCGUAUAGUGGGAGGAAUUUGGUGGUUCUUCACGCUAAUCAUCCUUUCUUCCUACACGGCCAACUUGGCAGCGUUCCUCACCGUGGAAAGAACUGUGCUGCCCAUUCAAAGCGCUGCGGACCUCGCCGCACAAAAUCACGUGCAAUACGGAACCCUCAAUGGAGGAUCUACCAUGACGUUUUUUAGGGAUUCCAAUAUAGACAUCUACCAGAAGAUGUGGCAGCACAUGUCCACAGCUUCUCCGCCUGCUCUCGUGUCCUCAUACGAAGAAGGCGUGAGGAGGGUGCUGGCGGGUAACUACGCGUUUCUCAUGGAGUCAACGAUGCUGGAUCAUCGUGUGCAAAGGGAUUGUAACCUUACGCAGAUCGGUGGCCUUUUGGAUUCUAAGGGCUACGGAAUAGCGACAUGGAAGGGCAGUCCGUGGAGAGACAAAAUAUCCCUCGCGAUCCUAGAUCUCCAAGAAAAGGGUGUGAUCCAGAUCCUGUACGAUAAAUGGUGGAAGAACACUGGAGACGUGUGCAACAGGGACGGGAAGGAUAGCAAGGCAAACCCGCUUGGUGUGCAAAAUAUUGGUGGUGUGUUUGUAACACUGUUGUGUGGACUGGCGCUUGCGAUAGUUGUGGCAAUAUUGGAAUUUUGCUGGAAUACAAGGAAAAAUGCAUCGCACGGUCGACAAUCUUUGUGUAGCGAGAUGGGCCAGGAGCUAAGAGCAGCUAUAAGAGGGGGUUCAUCAAGAACUGUGCUAAGACCUGGAUGCUCCAGGUGUUCACCAGCUACUCACGUACCACCAGCGCCUUCUAGAUACGAGAUGGCGGACCCGUGCACGGUGGAGCUGAAGGAGUUGCGAUGGUCGUAG